UGUGUGCAGGGGCAGCAGCGGGCAGUUGGAUCCUGGCAGGCAGCCAUGUCUCCAACACUGGCCUUGAUCCUGGCCCUGUUAGCUGCCCAGACUGGGCUGAAGGUGGACCUAGGAAUUGAUAAAGAUGAACUGAAGCGGAUUUGGGAGCACGAGGAAAUUCUGCACCAGGAGAUGUCUCAGCUUCUGCAAGAGAUCAAUGAGAACAAUUCCACGGAAAGCCUGGGGCAGGAAGGAUCCAGCAGCAAGGGUAAAGUCAACAGUGAGAAGACUGGCAUUCAGGAGAAGGUCAAGAGCAAGAAGCAGGGCCUGCCCAGCACGAAGGUGCUGAAGGAGCUGGUGGACGAGCUCCUCCGUGUCUGCCGAGUGCUCUCCCAGAGGAACUCCAUGCCGGAGUUGCACCUGGCCACUGGGACGGACACCAGCUCUGAAGCCUGGAGCAUCCAGCGGAACAGCAGCACCUUCCGCCCGCUGGUCAUCCUGCAGCCACCCCCUGGCUACUCCUUCCACACUCACAGCACGGGGCGGCCACCAGCCGGGCGCAUCCGUGUGGCGCUGGAGUGCCUGUGCUCCGGGGAGCAGCUGCUGGGGCAGACGUGCUUCCUGCACGCCUCUGGUGGCCAGCUGCCCCGGGAUCAGAGCCUGCUGGACACCCUCUGCACAGGCUCCUGCUUGGAUGCAAGGAAAGUCAUCCGCUGGGUCCAAAUGUUGGUGUCAUCAGCCUGGCUGCUUUUGCCGCAGUCAUGUCACUACCAGCUCUCGGCGCUGCCCUGCAGCAAGUCCUGCAGCUGGCAGCUGAGCAGCACCUCUGGGCUGCACUGCAGGAUUGAGAUGGAUUUGGCCGUGCAGGAAUGCAGCUCAGGUGCCUACCUGAGCCUUGAGUAGGCAGCAGCUCUGCCAGCAGCACCGUGUGGCCAGAGAGCUGCUGCCUCUUUUUCCUACACACCACCUAAGCUGUUCAACAAAUGGGAUGAAAUUUCAGCCCUUCCCUUUAAUAAACCAGAGCUGUGGCAGCUUUUGAAAACAGG